AUGGUGUUUAUGCAUGGUUCGAUCUCACGUGCGCAUGCAGCUGGCUUUCUGAGCAUCGACUGUGGCCUGGAGGCCAACUUCAGCGGCUACAAGGCCGACGACACCGGCAUCAUCUACGUCUCCGACGGCCCCUACGUCGACACCGGCGAGAACCGCCGGAUGUCGGCCAAGGAAGAGGGCCCGUGGCCACGCCCUUACAGGACGCUCAGGAGCUUCCCCUCCGGCGUGCGGAACUGCUACUCGCUCCCCACCGUUGCCGGGGCCAAGUACCUGCUCCGGCUGGUGUCCAUCUACGGCGACUACGACGGCAGGGGCAGCGCGUCGGCGGCGGUGCAGUUCGACGUGCACCUCGGGGCCAACUACUGGGUCACCGUGAGCAGCAACCCCACGGACGGGUUCUACGAGGCGCUGUUUGUGGCGUGGGCGAGCUGGGCGCCGGUGUGCCUCGUCAACACCGGCCGCGGCACGCCGUUCGUGAACGCGUUGGAGCUGAGGGCGCUCAGCGGCGAGCUCUACCCGGCAGUCAUGGCCAACCAGUCCAUCACAUUGGUAGAACGGAUCAACAUGGGCUCAAACAUUACUAUUUCACGGUACCCUUUGGACAAAUAUGACCGGCGAUGGUGGUUGAUGCAGUCUAGCCCAACCUGGAAUACCCUUUUCACUGCAUCGACCAUCCAGCAGAGCGCUACCUACGCCUUGCCCUUGGCCAUUAUGCAGACCGCCGUCGAGGCGGCCGUCGUCGACGGCACGCUCGUCAUUGCGAGGCCGCACCGCGCAGCCAUGGAGUACAAGGCGUUCCUCCACUUCGCCGACUUCCAGAACAGCCGGCGCCGGCAGUUCAGCGUCUCCUUCAACAAGCAGGGUUCGUACCAGGUGAGCCCGCCGUACCUUGCCACUGACACCCUGCACAGCAGCUUCACGUACAAGGCCGCCGACGGUGUGUUCCAAAUGACUCUGACGGCCACCUCUGAUUCCAUGCCGCCGCCGAUGCUCAACGCGUUUGAGCUCUACACCGUCAUCUCCCAAGGCAACCCCAUGACAUUCCCCAUAGAUUUCAAUACCAUCAUGGCAAUUAAAAUCGAGUAUGGGAUAAAGAAGAACUGGAUGGGCGAUCCGUGUUUCCCAACACAAUUUUCAUGGGACGGCGUGAAAUGCGGCAAUGUGAGUGGCAACAACACUGCAAGGAUCAUAUCUUUGGAUCUGUCCUACAGCAACUUGCACGGGGUGAUAUCCAAUAACUUUACAUUGCUCACCGCACUUGAAUAUUUGAAUUUAUCAUGCAACCUACUGAACGGACCCAUUCCAGACUCCCUCCAUAAAAACAAUACAGGGUCAUUUAUUUUCAGUUUUGAUUCUGAUGGAGAUAUGUGUAAGAAAAUUAUCGAACCAUCUCCGACAAGAAACAAAUCAAAAAUGGCAAUCAUCUUAGUUAUUUUGGUAGUGGUUCCUUUGAUGGCAAUUGCUGUGCUUGUUCUUGCGUAUAUGAUUUGGAGAGACAAAAGAAAAUUGAAACGUGACCCUUCUAGAGAGCCAGCAGACGAGAAUGUGUUAGCAAGUACAAACAAUCAUGUAGAUGCCCUUCCAAAAGUUGACAAUCGCCAAUUCACGUACAAAGAGAUUGAGAAGUUAACUAAUAAUUUAAAACAGUUUAUUGGACAAGGAGGUUUUGGACCUGUCUACUAUGGUCGUUUAGAGGAUGGUACUGAGGUUGCAGUUAAGAUGCGUUCAGAUUCAUCAGCUCAUGGGCUUGAUGAAUUUUUCGCCGAGGUUCAAAGUUUGACAAAGGUGCAUCAUAGGAAUCUAGUUUCUUUGGUUGGUUACUGUUCAGAGAAGGAUCAUUUAGCGCUUGUUUAUGAGUACAUGGCUCAAGGCAGUCUCAAUGAUCAUCUGAGAGGUAACAAACAUGCUGGUGAAGGCUUAAAUUGGAGAACACGUGUCCGAGUUGUAAUCGAAGCUGGACAAGGCCUGGAUUAUCUACAUAGAGGUUGCAGUUUGCCAAUUAUUCACCGGGAUGUAAAGUCCAGUAACAUUCUAUUAAGUCAAAACUUACAAGCUAAACUAGCGGAUUUUGGACUUUCUAAGUCUUAUCUUAGUGAGACACAAACUCAUAUAUCAAUCACUCCAGCUGGGACGGCAGGUUACAUGGAUCCUGAGUACUUCUAUACUUCAAGGCUCACCGAGAGUAGUGAUGUUUAUAGCUUUGGUAUUGUUCUAUUGGAGAUAGCAACAGGUGAAUCUCCUAUACUUCCAGGACUAGGGCAUAUCAUUCAACGUGUAAAAAAUAAGAUCACAGCUGGUAACAUUAGCUUGAUUGCCGAUGCACGUCUUGGGGGUGCCUACGAAGUCAAUUCAAUGUGGAAGGUUCUGGAUAUUGCAUUGUUGUGCACUACUGAUAUUGGUGCUCAACGACCAACAAUGGCUGCUGUGUUAGCACAACUAAAGGAGAGCCUAGCCUUGGAGGAAACUCGUUUGGACAAUAUUUUUAGUGGAACCACGGGAACAAGUGAUAGCACAGUUUCCUCAGACAAUUUUGGUCCAUUAGCAAGAUGA